UUUUCAGCCGUCGGCAUAUGCUGCUUAAAAACCGAACGCACCUUUCUGACACGCCUCUGCGUGUAGCAACAGGAAACAGGAAAAGUCUCGGAGAAGGAAGAAAGUUUAAAUACAUUCUAUGAAAAAUGAGCCGAAUUUAUGUCAACACGUCUUUACAGAACAAACCAGUGCACAGUGACACAUUUGACCGUGUGUGGUCUCCGUCUGCGUAUGAAAGUGGCCAGGGAAUUCUUCUACAAGGAAAGCUGCUGGAUGUGUCCAGACAUGCAGUCAGUGAUGUCAGCAAUCAAAAGGUCCGUUUCUAUGUUCUGUACAUCAAACCCAGCCACAUCCAUCGGAGGAAGUUCGAUGCAAGGGGACAGGAAAUUGAGCCAAACUUCAGUGAAACCAGAAAGGUCAACACGGGUUUCCUCAUGUCGUCCUACAAGGUGGAAGCCAAAGGGGAGUCAGACCAUCUGUCUGAGGAGCAGCUGUCAGCAAUGGUGAACAAACCUGAACUGGUGAAAAUCACUGACAAGCACCGACCCAGGGGUACAUGGGCCUUCUGGUACCCAGAGUCAGAGAUGGACAAAACAGAGCUGGAAACAGGACAGGAUGUUCGGCUGAAGACCAAAGGAAAUAGUCCUUUCAUAUUCUCCUUAGCCAAAGUGGAUGGUGGCACAGUGACCAGGUGUAACUUUGCUGGAGAUGAAAAGGCUGGAGCAUCGUGGACGGACAAGAUCAUGGCCAACAAAGCAGAUGCAGGCAACACUCAGAAGCUGGGAGGAGAAGGAGCAGGAGCAGGAGCAGAGGAGGAUGAAUGGGACGACUAAGAAAACCAUCACUCCCAUCAGUCUGAGCUCUUGGCCCUGAUCUAGCUUCCAGCUUGGCUCCAUUUCUGGCUCUCUGUGUUUGGACUGGACUCCCACAAUUCACUGGGGUACUGCACCUCCUACAUGUGUGGAUUUGGGACAAGAAACCCUGCAUCACUUCCACAGUAUGAGACCAGAUUCUUUGAGCUGCACACAGUGGAUCUGGCUGUUAGCUGUGAUGCAGACGGUCUUUGAAACUUCACCCAUUUCUUGUUUACUUUGGCUUAAAUCACUACAUUUAUCAGACUGGUACUAUGCUUGCUUGUGUGUGUCCACAUGGACUGUACCCUAGUAAUAAUAAUAACAAUUUGUAAAUAUUCUCCAGUCAGACAGGAUUAUAUUCUCUGAAGGAAGUUAGGUGACUUUAAUAUUGCGCCCACUGAACAGAGACCAUAUGUGCAGUAGUUUUCCCCAUGCCCUGGUAUUAUUGUCCUAAAUACUACCCGUUGUCUUCCAGCUUUACUCAGUCCUUCCAUAUGUCUCUCAGUUUAUUUUAAAGUGCAUGUCUGGUUUUCUUUUCAUUCAGCCAGCUCUAGGUCUUCUUAUAAAUUUUUUAUCAACUCAAGGCUGAGGCUUAUGCAUCAGCAGUAUUUAAUUCCAAUGUGAAACUGGGUGUUUGGUCAGUUUAGUUUUACUGUGUCCUAAAGUCCUGUGAGGGUGAGUAGAGAAAGGGAAAAAAAAACAGUGGUAUACAUAUACUCUAAUUGUACUUUGAUACACUCCCGUAUUCUUAUAGUUGCACCAGGUAAAUUCAGUUUUAGUCAUACUGCUCAAGGUGACAAAUUUGCCCCAGAGUGCUACAUGUAGUACCCAAGAACAGUGUAACAAAAUCAGGGAGAUUAACUUAUGUGAAACUGCAGAAAUCUCUUCAGCAGCGGGUGAAACAGAAGAGAGAAUGAAGACAGAUUGUUCCUCAUACUGAGGUGGAAUCUAAUGCAAAGAAAAUAUAUGUGCUUCUUCAUGAUUUAUAGAAGUAAUGAUGCAACAAUUAUUGCUGCUUAAAGCCUCUGAAGUCUUCUCAGGUGUCUGUGUAACACAAACAUUCAUGACUAAAUAAGCAAUAAAGUCUAUGAAAAAGCAUCUCUAAGUACUGUUUUAGUUAACGCUCAAAACCUCAGCUAAUGUGUUCCAUCAGGACUGCAUGGGUAUAUUUUGAUCAGGUUUAUGGUUUUACAAUGACCAAACAGCCCACCAAGUGUCAUCAGGUCUUCUUGAUAUUAUAAAUCAUGAAGUCAGUAAAUACAAAAUGUAAUGGAAUAAAGGACUCAUCUUUAGUACAAAGUUUGUUUUUUAUUAAAAAUUAUUUCAGCAACAUAAAGAAUAAUUAGGUUCCUUGAUUAUACCACAUAUAACACACAUAUAGACAUGGUUGGUCUAACAAAAAUACGAGGUUCUCUGCUUUGAUCAUGAUGUGCACUGUUAAAGUUUAGCUGUUGCACUAACUUCUGAAUCAAUCCAUUUUCCACAGUAAAAAAUUACGUUUGGAUUAUAAACUAUUUCUGAUAAAUGUCAAAAGCAACAAUAAAAAGGUGAUUUUAAAACGUUUAUAUGUAUUUAUGACACAGAG